GCAGGUGCUGGAAUGGAAUAGCAUCCCAUUGACUGGAAAAACUUAUGAAGAAGUCCAAAGUAUUAUUAUUCAACAGAGUGGGGAAGCAGAAAUAUGUGUAAGACUGGACCUCAACAUGCUUUCAGAUUCUGAGAAUCCUCAGCACCUGGAACUCCAUGACCCAGUGAAGGCGGAUAAAGCAAAGUCCCCAGGAGUUGAUCCUAAGCAACUGGCUGCAGAGCUCCAAAAGGUUUCUCUACAGCAGGCCCCCUUGCUUGCUUCCUCAGGAGUGGAAAAGGGUUCUCAUGUCCACUCUGGAACCACUUCUGCUGCCUCCAGCGCUGUUCCUAGCCCUGGCCAGCCUGGUUCUCCCUCAGUGAGCAAAAAGCGGCAUAGCAGUAAGCCUGCUGAAGCUACAAAGUCUGCUUCCCAUCCAAUCACUGGAGAAAUUCAGCUUCAAGUCAACUAUGACAAACACCUUGGCAACCUUAUCAUCCACAUCCUUCAAGCAAGAAACCUGGCUCCCCGAGACAACAACGGCUAUUCUGACCCUUUUGUUAAAGUUUACCUUCUGCCAGGAAGAGGACAAGUCAUGGUUGUCCAAAAUGCAAGUGCUGAGUACAAGCGGAGGACUAAAUAUGUGCAGAAGAGCUUGAAUCCUGAGUGGAAUCAGACAGUCAUUUAUAAGAAUAUCUCCAUGGAGCAGCUGAAAAAGAAAACACUGGAAGUGACUGUCUGGGAUUAUGAUAGAUUCUCCUCAAACGACUUUCUUGGUGAAGUAUUGAUUGAGUUAUCCAGCAUCUCUCAGCUUGACAACACUCCUCGGUGGUACCCUCUGAAAGAGCAGAGUGAAAACAUUGAUCAUGGGAAAACUCACUCUGGACAGAGUAGCCAACAAUCUCCAAAACCUUCAGUCAUCAAGAGCAGAAGUCAUGGAAUCUUCCCGGAUCCCUCCAAGGACAUGCAGGUGCCCACCAUAGAGAAAUCUCACAGCAGUCCAGGAAGCUCCAAAUCUUCCUCUGAAGGACAUCUACGCUCUCACGGGCCAUCCCGCAGCCAAAGCAAAACCAGCGUCACUCAAACGCACCUUGAAGACGCUGGGGCAGCCAUCGCCGCUGCUGAAGCAGCUGUCCAACAGCUUCGCCUUCAACCAACAAGGUCUACUAACCAUCGACCUGCAGAAAGCUCUGUCUCCACUGGCUCGUCAGCCAGUAGUUUUGGCAGUGGAUACAGCAUGGAUAGUGAAGGCAGCAGCAGUACCACAGGAGAGAAUAACCUAUUUCCCAUCCCAAGAAUUGGGAAGAUGAGCCAGAAUGGACAAGAACCAGUAAAGCAGUCAGGAGUGGGAUUAACCGAUGCAGAAGGUAAAACACAGGUUAUGGGUGAAAUCAAGAUUGCAUUAAAGAAGGAAAUGAAAACAGAUGGAGAACAACUGAUAGUAGAAAUCCUUCAGUGCAGAAAUAUCACAUACAAAUUUAAAUCUCCAGACCAUCUCCCAGACCUGUAUGUAAAGCUGUACGUUGUCAAUAUCUCGACCCAAAAGCGAGUAAUUAAGAAGAAAACCAGAGUUUGCAGACAUGAUCGAGAGCCUUCAUUCAAUGAAACAUUUAGAUUUAGUUUGAGUCCUGCUGGGCAUUCUCUUCAGAUUCUGCUUGUCUCCAACGGAGGGAAGUUUGUGAAAAAGACACUGAUUGGGGAAGCGUAUAUCUGGCUUGACAAAGUGGAUCUAAGGAAAAGAAUAGUAAACUGGCACAAAUUGUUGGUCAGCUCCACACAGACACACUGAGUGGAGCGGUCUGCUUAGGGCACAAAACCUGCAGAGUCUGCUAUAAACAGCAUCACUCCAAGACUCUAGUUUGAUAUCAUUGUGUUUAGCUAGUCUUUCAGAAAACGAAGUAGAAAAGAGCAGUCUCUGAGCUACACAG